AUGACACCAAUUGAAAAAACAAGCGGUCCAAAAAUAUCAGCUGAUGCUACUGCUACUUCCUCAUUAAGAGGAAAUUCCAAUUCACAAGCAUCUACAAAUGCAUCGAUUUUCAAAUCUGAAAAUAAAUCAACUCGUUCACCAGAUAAUUCAACUGAUUUUAUUCCUGAACAACCUAUUUCAGGAAAAAAACGUGCAUUGCCGCCGGAAUCAUCAAAAUUUGGCUUUUUACCUCUAGAUACAUUCAUAAAAGAAGAAAAACAGAAUAGAAAGUCUAGAAAUUGA